UGCUUGUGCCUCUAUAGCCCUUGCGCGCUAGUCGGAUCGCCGAUCUUCAACGACCAAAAUGGUGGACAAGGCAGUAACCAUCAGAACUAGGAAGUUCAUGACCAAUAGGCUCCUCUCCCGAAAGCAAUUCGUCAUCGAUGUCCUUCAUCUAGGAAGGCCCAAUGUUUCCAAGACUGAGCUAAAGGAGAAGCUGGUAAGGAUGAAUGAAGUAAAAGACCCAAACUCGAUCUUUGUUUUCAAGUUUCGAACUCACUUGGGAGGUGGAAAAUCAACUGAUUUUUGGUUGAUUUAUGAUUCUGUUGAGAAAGCAAAAAAAUAUGAACCCAAGUACAGGCUCAUCAAGAAUGGACUUGAUACCAAGGUAGAAAAGUCAAAGAAGCAGCUGAAUGAGAGGAAGAACAGGGCUAAGAAAAUCCGUGGGGUGAAGAAGACUAAGGCUUCAGAUGCUGCCAAGGGCGGAAAGAAGAAAUGUGUUUUCAUUGGUUUUGUGCUGAUCUUAAAUCUGAUUUGCAGAAAUGAAUUUUUCUUUAAUAUAGGCAUUGAAACCAGUUUUAGAAAGCGUCCUCUCGCCAUUGAUUUCGUCGAAUCAAUUGCACCAAAUUUUGGUAAGAUAAUUUGA